CAAACUUGCAAAAAAUCAAACUUCCCGCAUCUCAAACUCGUGAAAAUAAACUUGAAACUUGUAAAAAGUCGACGGACACGCAGGAGGCCCUACGUAUGUAAAUGAAAACGAAAGAACAACCCGACCCAGCCAUAACUCCUGGCGGAAUCAAAUUCUGAAAUAAUAAUAAAUAAAUAACAAGCAGUCCAAAGCAAGGGACUCGAUUUACGUCUAUCUUUUUAUCUUUAUCUCCAUCUAUCUCUUUUAUCUCUACCGCUAACACCACGUCUCCGACAAUGGCCAACAUCCUCAAACGAUCAGCCCUUAAGCUUGGUAUGAUUCCCGCUGACGGAAUCGGCAAGGAAGUACUGCCCGCUGCUCAACGUGUCAUUGAGGCCCUCGGAUCUUCUAUUCCUAAGACCACCUUUGUUCCUCUGGUUGCUGGUUGGGAGGAGUUUAACAAGAAUGGCAAGGCUUUGCCCGACGACACUGUUAGCGCUUUGAGAGAAUGUGACGGCGCAAUGUUUGGCGCCGUGUCUUCUCCAUCUCACAAGGUUGCUGGCUAUUCUUCUCCGAUCGUUGCUCUUCGUAAGCACCUCGACCUUUACGCCAACGUCCGCCCUGUCUCUUCCGUCCCCAUACCUGGUCAACCUUCUCCAAAGGCCGUCGACCUGGUGAUUGUACGCGAGAACACCGAGUGCCUUUAUAUCAAGCAAGAAGAGAUUUCUGGUGAAGGCGAGGACAGGGUCGCCCUCGCCACAAGGAAGAUUAGCGCCAAGGCAUCCAGCAGGAUUGGUAGAAUGGCGUUUGAAAUUGCUCUUAGAAGGGGACAGGAGAGAGAGGCUGCUCGAGCGGCGGGUAAGGAUGUGUGGUGGAAAGGGGAACCCAAGGUCACUAUCGUGCAUAAGAGCAACGUGCUCAGCGUCACGGACGGCUUGUUCCGAGAGACUGUUCGGGCUGUCAAGGAGGGCAAGGGCGGCGAGAAGUACGCUGGGGUGAAGCUCGAGGAGCAAAUCGUAGACUCUAUGGUCUACAGAAUGUUCAGGGAGCCAGAAUUUUUUGAUGUCUGUGUUGCUCCCAACCUUUAUGGUGACAUCAUUUCUGAUGGUGCGGCUGCUCUCGUCGGUUCACUUGGUCUUGUCCCAUCUAUCAACGCUGGUGACAACUUUAUCAUGGGCGAGCCUGUUCACGGAUCUGCUCCCGAUAUCGAGGGCAAGAACAUCGCCAACCCCAUCGCGUCCAUCCGUUCUGCUGCUCUCUUAUUGUCUUCUCUCGGCUACAUCGAGCCCGCCGCCAAGAUCAACGCUGCCGUCAAUGCCGUCCUCGUCGAGGGCCAGUACCUCACUCCUGAUUUGGGUGGAAAGAGCUCUACUACCGAGGUCACUGAGGCUGUUCUCAAGAGGCUCUAGAUUAUCUUUACAAGCAACUUGAAUCUGAAAAUGAAUC